UUAAACGUUUCUAUUCUCAUUUAAUAAAUGAAAACAUUUUCAAAUUUCAGAAACUACUCCAAAAACAUUUUUAAUUACUUUAACUACUUUGCUUCCGCUUAAACUUCAAAAAUGCCACAGCUGUUUUUUAAGGAAUGAAUUCUAUUGUUAAGAACUCAACAUAAAUUGCAUAAAAAUGAAUCAAGUUCUCCGUUGGAAAAGUGGCUUUCGGUUUUACUCAAUUAAAUAUGCCGGAAAAGAAUCUAUUAAAUACACAAGUACAAUUAAUUUACCAAGAACUAAAUUCCCUACGCGUCUAGCACAAAAAGCCCGUAUAGAAAUUGAACGAAAUUUAAUUGAGUCAAAAAUUGCGUCAUGCUACCAAUAUCAAGAAGAACGACAUCAAGGUGCCGCAUUUAUAUUACAUGAUGGACCCCCCUAUGCUAAUGGAGAUUUGCAUAUGGGCCAUGCUGUUAAUAAGAUAUUAAAGGACAUUACCAUAAGGAGUCAUGUGAUAAGAGGUCAUAAAGUUCACUACAUACCCGGUUGGGAUUGUCACGGUUUACCUAUUGAAUUAAAAGCUAUGGCUGCAGCUAAUGCCGGCACAAAAUCUAUGAAAGAUCCGGUUAUUAUACGAAAAAAAUCUCGUCAGUUUGCUUUAGAUGCCAUUGAGAGGCAGAAAAACCAAUUUCGCUCUUGGGGAGUUCUAGCCAAUUGGAAUAACAAAAGCAAAGUGUAUUUAACCUUUAAUUCAAACUUUAUUGUAAAGCAGUUGAAUUUGUUUUUGGAUUUGUAUGAGAAGGGGCUGGUUUACCGUGACUUAAAACCAGUAUAUUGGUCUCCAUCUUCAAAGACAGCAUUGGCUGAGGCUGAACUCGAAUAUGAUGCAAAUUUUGUUAGUCCUUCAUUGUAUGUAAGGUUUCGUUUGACAAAUUUUCCAAAUGCCAUCGCCAAAGAAUCGUUUAAAAAUAUAUUUGCGCUAAUUUGGACAACCACCCCGUGGACAUUGCCCAGUAAUCAAGCAAUUUGCUACAAUUCCAAUCUAAUGUAUGCUUUGGUGAAACUGGAGUCGGAUAAUAACCAAAUCCAUGAGAAGGACGAAAAUCGUUACUUAAUCGCGCAAAGUUUAUUAGAGGAUUUUCAAAAGACUACUAAUAAAAUUUGCGUAGUUGAACAAUUAAUUCAAGGGCACGAGCUGAAAAACUGCACUUACCAGCAUCCAGUUUUUCUGGAGCAACAAUCCUUACCAUUUUUUGAUGCUGCACAUGUCCAAGAAUUCAAAGGCACUGGCUUAGUUCAUACUGCGCCCGCACAUGGUCUGGAUGAUUUUAUUAUAUGUACGAAGAACAGUAUAUCUAUCAGAUCAAUAAUAAAUGAAGAAGGAAUUUACGACGACGGAGCACCUAGUUACUUAAAAGGUAAAACAGUCCUGGACGAUGGCAAUGAGUUGGUGAUGAAAAAUUUGAAAAAAGAUAUUGUAUUUGCAAGCACUUUAACGCACAGUUAUCCAAUCGACUGGCGCACAAAAAAGCCGGUCAUUAUUAGAGCCAGUCAACAAUGGUUUAUAAAUACUGCUGCUCUUAAAGACAGAGCUGUCGAAGAGAUUGACAAAAUUGUGGUAUAUCCGCGAGUAAAUGCGGAAGCAAGUAAAAAGUCACUGAAAGCACAAGUCAUGAAACGACCGUAUUGGUGUAUAUCACGGCAAAGGGCUUGGGGUGUUCCUAUACCAGUUCUUUAUGAAAAAACUUCCGGUAAAGUGUUGUUAAAUAAAAAACUACUACAACAUAUUUGCGAUUUAACAAUCAAAGAGGAUAACAUUGAUUUUUGGUGGUCGCAGUCGAUGGAAAAACUCUUGCCACCGUUCCUUCUGAAUGAAUUCAAUGUAAAAGCUUCUGAUGUAACGAAAGGAGCCGACAUUUUCGACAUAUGGUUUGAUUCGGGCAGUACGUGGUCUCAGGUUCUCGAAAAUCAACAAGCAGCUGAUUUAUAUUUGGAAGGUUGUGAUCAGUUUACCGGCUGGUUUCAGUCUUCUUUAUUGCUUAGCAUAGCCGCUAGAAACUGCACCCCUUAUAAGGCUCUAUUUAUUCAUGGAUUUGCUGUAGAUGAAAAUGGUCACAAAAUGUCUAAAUCUUUGGGAAAUAUUAUAUCUCCAAAAGACAUAUCAGCCAAAUACGGAGUAGAUUCCUUACGAUGGUGGGUAGCUGCACAUGGAACUCAACAUAUGGCAAUUAAUGUAAGCCAUCAAUUGGUACAACAGUCUGCCGAAAGUUUAGGCAAAAUUAGGGCAAUUUUGCGUUAUCUUAAUGGAUCCAUUGAGGAUAAAUCACUCAAAUCAUCAAAUAUGUUGACAACAACAGCGGAAUCAUAUCUGAACCGUUUUCUGUUAAGCCAACUUUAUAAUUUUGAAAAAGAGGUGUUCUCCUUGUAUGAUUGCUGUGAAUACAAUCGCGUAAUAGCCUGUAUCCAGAAUUUUGUGACCAAUCAAAUUUCCGCGAACUAUAUUCACUUAAUCAAGGAUCGGUUUUAUUGCGGUACAACGAAAGAAAUUGAAAACAUACGCUUUACCUUAAAACAGUGCUACACUCUUUUAUGUAAAGCUCUGUGGCCAAUUGCCCCACUAUUGGUUGAGGAAAGCUGGAGUUAUUUUGAUGAUUCGAAAAGUUUCUACGAAGACAAGUUUCAAGCGGAACCUACUUGGAAGGAUGAAUCUGUUGAAGAGGUCAUGGAAAAGGCUCUGGAAUUGAAACGUGCCCUGAAUCAACAAACCAAAUCGAAGAAUUCGUGGUUGUUAUCCCUUCAAGUGAAAUGCGGCGAAAGUACUUUGAAUUUAUUGAAACGGUUGCAUCCCUCGUUGAACACAUCUUUAACAGAAUCAGAAUUAUGUGAGAUUUUGCAAGUGAACUCGGUAAAUCUUCAAAGUUUGACUACC